AUGAAAACCAAGUUGUUUAUCUCUUUGUGCUUCUAUGCACUACUCAUCUUUGUUACGGCAAUUAUGCCUUCCGAAGGGAAACAAUCUUGUGAAACAGAAAAACCAAAGAUAAAUAUUGUAGUACAUGGAUACGCAAACUGGCUAGGCAGAGGUACCGUAUUGCAAGGCGGCGAUAGAAACACAAACGAGUGUGUUGGUGGAAAUGUCAUAAACUUUCUUGACAGUCAAAAAGAGGAGGACAAUGGAAACAUCGUACACUUUCCCGUCAUGGGAAAUGCGGUAAACUCUCCUGCUGUUGGACACAAAGGUGGCGGAGGAAACGUCGUUCACUUUCCAGGCGGUGGAAAAGGGGGUGGACGUGGAAAUUUGGGAGGAUCCAGUGGAAAUGCGGGCGGCAAUGAAUAGAGAAAUGUGGGAUAUAAGUCAAGUGUAGGAAAGUGUAGUCCAUACAAAACUAGUACAUUUACAUGUAAGAUGUAUUACAUGUUGAUACAGUAUUCAAUGUUGUAAGAAAUGUAACACAAAGCAUCAACCUUUAGUUAUAGCAUGAAGCAAUAAUAUGCACCACACAUAAUUGAAGUAUUAGACUACAACUUUCUUCUUGAUUGAAUAAGGAAUAAUAAGUUACAUUCUUGCUUAAAAUUUCAUUUGUAUUAGAAAUAAAGAGUAAAAGGUCAAAUAUGCCUCAUAAA